AUGGAACCAAAAUUGCAUAUGACGACAUCUAAAGCUAGGAAGAAGCGAGCUGCUAAGAGAGGGUUUUUCGAUGAUCAGCUGACUACGAGUUUUAUGAAAGAGGAACCAUCGAACGGGAAAGCCAAAAAGAAAAGCAGCAGAAUAAGGAACAACAAAAAAUAUCCAAAGUCCUACCACUUGGGACCGAAACUUCUACCGACGAAUACCGAUGCGAUCCGACUCAAACCGACAAGUUAUUUACCGACAAACAGUGCCGUCCCCUCGCCAUUAAUUUACUCACCAGUUAACCUUAGAAACAUUAAGAGAGACUCAUCGACCUUUGCCGCAGAUAACAACCAGCACCUGAGUACUCAACCGAAUAAAACAAACGGUUCGAUUAAUCCAAAUAAGAUUCGAUUAAAUUCGGAUCAAAGCAUCAACGCCAAUAACAAUCCAAUGAACGAUUUCGGCGCAUCUUCGGAGCAAUUGAGAACCGGCGAGGAAUGCAACGUCGAUUUCGGAACGUGGAGGAAACCGAGCCUGGCCACCUACGGUUUCAUACCGGCCUACAAAAGGAACAAUAGCAAUGAAAACACAAUCAAGAACCAAUCUUACAGCAGUAGCCAACCGAGAAAAAGUCAGUUGAACGAGAAUGACGAUCGAUUCGAGAGGGAUAGUCUGAAGAGCGAAACGGAGCUUGACCUGACGACAUUUUUUAAGCGGACCUCCGUAGCAAACCCCAAUAUACCCAACACGGGAUAUAUAAGGGACAGGAGUGGCGAAGUCAUGAAGCGAGGUUUAAAACGAAGUCCUAAAUGUGAUUUGUGA